AUGCCCAUUUACAAGCCAUCCCAUACUGUUCACAAUUCCUUUCUGCUCAACUCCCUUGUCUUUCUACUGAUGCUUCUUCGGGUGCAGUACAUUACUUUAUGCGAAGCGGAUGCGACUUCAGACACGGAGAUCAUCAAGAAGUUGCUAGGAAAAGGCUACGACUGGAGAGUGCGACCGCCUGGCAUCAACCUCACAGUUAAAGAAGCAGUAUUCCCAACGAGUCUUCCAGCCUUUCUAAUGAGUGCACUUCGUCUCCAAGUUCCACGUUUUAUCUUGAAGAUCCGUAGCAAAUUCGAUUUCCUUCCCGCUGAGCACGGAAUUCAUCUUUAA